AUGGUAUUCAAGGUUGUUGGUGGCCAACCAGGUCCUGCAGGUUACAUUUAUCAGCUCUGGAAAUCAAAUGAUUCUUUGAACGAAGAUGUAACAAACGUUUUGGGCAUCAGCCGUUCUUUCCCAAUACCAUACAAGAACCGUCUGGUGUCCAGUUGGCAAACCACUAAGCCAAAGGAGGUAAAGACAAAUUGAAAUCUGCAAGGCUGAUCGUACAACAUGAAAAUUAACUUUGCAGGACAUAAACACGACACCAAUAGAAACCAAAACAGAGCUAUGUUGUACUAAGCCGUCCAAAAAACAGCUGUUUCGCUCUGUUUUGGUUUCUAACGGUUUUGUGUUUAUGUCUCGCAAAGUUAAUUCAGCCUUGCAGAUUUCAGUGUGUUACUUCGUAUAUUUUUGCUGAUCAGGCCUGCUUUGAGACAUAUUCGGCACAUCUGCGGCAUAUUCGUUUGCGGUCCCUUGACUGGUUAAUAGUGCACUCACGCAACAGGACGGGAGAGCAAAGAAGGCGGCAAACCUUGUGCGACAAGCGUGACAAUAAUUUAGUUUGAAAAAAAUUGGCCUCAAACUUCACCUUUCUUUAAACAGAUCUUUUUGUAAAAGACUAAAAAACAUUGAUAUUUAGUGAAGAUUACGACAAAACAUGCAAGUAAUAGCCCUGUCACGUUUGUCACACACAAGUAUUUGCCUCCCCCCUCUUUCUGCCGUCCUGUUGCGUAAACGCACUGCAUUGAAACACAUAACUUUUGUAAUAUUUUUUAUUUGUCCCACGUGAGGUAAUCUUCAAGUGGAAUCCGAAUGAAGUUAAAUCGUUAAUAUAAACAAGGUAAAAUAGAAGCUAAGUUAGGGAGUUUAACACUAUCUUGCAAAUCAUUUGUAAAAACUAGCCUACUAGUCUUAGUCGACUUUGAGACGAGUCUGUUUGCCCGUAACCGGGGAUAAGAGCCUAUGAUAUGUCCAUUUCCCAUCCUUUUGAUAUUUCAUUAAGAUAUUUGACAUGUCCUUUUUACAGGCGCGCGUGGCCUUGUACAAAAACGGCAAUGAAGUUCUUUCCAUUGUGUUCAAUGCUACAAACAGUGACAAAGAAAACUGGUUUUCGGCAGAUCGAGUAACUUUUUCUCCAUGGGAAGACUUGACUAGCAACCUCCGACAUUUUUCUCACUCCCAGGAGAUUCAGAGAGGUCAUUUUACAUCGCAGGCCCUCAUAUCUCUUGCAAUAAUGACACUGGAUGGCUAG